CAAACGUGGAUGGACGCGCGAAGACUAGAUCGACGGAGGGUCUCACACGCAGUGAAGGGGAUCUCGUUCAACAUACAGAACACACAGAUUGCAGCAAAAAUGUCGUCGGGAUACAGUCGGUCCUGCACGUAUUCGCGGAGCCAUUGAGCAUUGUCCCGGUGUUCUUCCUGCUGAUCGUCCGUCUGCAACUCCGACAGAGCCGUGUCCAGGACGCGCAAUGCAUCCAGAUCGGUCAUCCACCCGAAGUCCUUGUUGACGGC